UCCUAUUUGCAUAGCGUUGCAUACAGCAUUUACACACCUGAUACCCUUCUACAGCGAGAGGCGAUGACCUCAUGCAUAGCACUAGCAUUUACCGGUAUUAGAAUAUCAUUGUUUCGAACGUUAUUAUUUGGGUUCCAAUCGCAAAAUUCGAUCGGAGAGAGCUUCUAGUGAUGUGCAUGGAGAUAACAGCGGUAGUUUGGAAUGAGAUUUCGAGUGAGUUAUGGCAUUCGAACGAAUUGAAACUAAUAGUCCGCAGUGAGGUUCGGCUCCCAUCUUUCUUCAAACGAGCAGGUAGAUAUCUCCUCUGCUCUUGCCUUAGGGGCUGUAUUUCUGGCGGAAAUCUAUCAUACGGCUCACGCUUUUUCACGGUAGCAGCACACCGGAUUUUGCCUCAUCAGCGAAUGCAUUCUCAAAGUAUCAUUAUCGGACUGUUUCUUUUAAUCUGGAUGCUUUCUCUUCAAGCUUUGGGUAAUUCCAUCUCUAUGCACCAAUUGAUAGAGAAACCGAACAUUUCAGCAUUGGGCAACGUAGCAUGGCCACGGAUACUCACUGGGCCGUUUCACCUUCCUCUCUGAGGCAUAGCCGACGACAUAGGGCAAUAAGGGAUCUCGUAGAUCUCACCUAGUGCGAGUUCAAGACAACCUCACGUGGACACACUUGUGUUAUCAUCCACAUGAAGCAUCGUAUGUUUGAUCUGGUGACUACGAUCCCGGUGAGAUUGGAAGUUGGAAUGGUUUAGAUCAUUCAGUUUGCCGAAACUUUUCCCCGGAAACCCGGAUUUUAGAUCCU